UAUUAAGGUGUUUAUGUUCCACUCGGUUUGGGAUAAAGGGCGAAUUUUAUUUGGCGCAAAAUCUUCAUUUAGUAUAAAAUUGUUCUAAUUGAUGUGUUUUUGUUUGUAACCGAGUGAUUAUUAACACGGAGGUGUUUUACAGACAUGGAAGCAGAGCAACAGAAAGGGCGCGAGGCGUCUCAGAGAAGAUCUCCACUGGAUCUCAUCAUGAACCAGUUCCGGAGGAAAUCAUCGUUCACAGAGAAGAAGGCGGCGUCUGUGGGUCGUCCGUUUCGUUCGUCUGAGAGCAGUGACAGGAAGAGUGAAGGGAUUCCAGAGGCCAAAGAGAUGGAGAACAGAGAGAAGGACAGCGUGAAACCCAGGAGCGAGAUCAGCGAUAACACUGAGAUCUGCUCUGUGGUGGGAUGGGGUCGCGUCACGCAGUUUGUCCAGAAGCUCGGCAAAACUCCAGACAGCCAGAGUCUGAGUCUGAGCCACUGUGAUCUCACUGCCACAGACGUGCUGGAGCUCGGAACCUUGCUGCUGUUCCUCACCCAGCUGGAGGUGCUGGAUCUUUCCUGGAACGAUCUUCUCGGUUCUUCACUGAAAGCUUUGACUGUCCACAUGCAGCACGUCGGCAAGCUGAAGGUUCUGAAACUGAGCGGCUGCAGACUCACGGCCGAAGAUCUCCGAACUCUGGGAGAGACUCUGGAUCAUGUUCCCUUGUUGGAAACGUUGGAUUUGUCCUGGAACGCUGGGAUCGGUGGAGGAAAUCUUCAUCUACUAACUGAACACCUUCAUGCCACCAGCUCUCUGAGGGAGCUUCAUCUGCUGGACUGCCAGCUCUCAGAGACGGACAGCCUGGCACUGGCCGAGGCGCUUUUACUUCUGCCGUGUCUGGAGGUUUUGGAUUUGUCCAAUAACAAGCUGCUGGUGAGAGCGUUGGAGAGCAUCGGCUCGUCUCUGAGCUCCACUCCACAGCUGAAGACUCUGAAGAUGAGCAGGUGUGGACUGAAUCAGGAAAGUCUCGCUAUCCUCGGAGAGAGGAUGAAGUUCCUCGUGGGUUUGGAGCAUCUGGACGUGUCGUGUAAUAAAGAGUGUGGAGGAGGAUUCAGCACGCUGAAGGCCAGUUUGUCUUUCCUCACACACCUGAGAUGUUUGGACCUGCACAUGUGCUGUCUGACGGAACAGGACACGCAGACGCUGGUCCAGGUUUUUCCUGCUCUGGGUGAACUCUCUGAACUCAAUCUGUCUUGUAACAAAAGUAUUGGCACCGUGCUCCGCUAUCUGUUCCCUGUCCUUCCCUUGUCCAAGCUGAAGACACUUCACCUGAGCAGCUGCAGUCUGAGUCCUGAGGCUUGUCACGCUUUAGCUGCCGUCAUGCCGUCACUCUCACAGCUGCGGAGUCUCGAUGUGUCGUGGAACAAAAGUGUUGGUGGGAAUCUGCAGCAGUUUGUGGAGCAUCUGCAGGUGGACUGUAAACUGGAGGAACUGAAGCUGAGCAGCUGUGAGCUGAACGCUGACGACCUGCUGCACUUACAAUCAGCAUGUAAACGUGGCACGUUGUCGAAUCUAAAGCUCUUAGAUGUGUCAUAUAACGGACACGUGGGAGACGCCGGCUGGGUCUCGCUCUUCAGAGAAGCAGGAGGGCUGAAGCAGCUGCAGGAGUUGGACAUCAGCCUGCGUCCUGACGCUCGUGCGUCUGCGUUUGUGUGGCUUUCGGCCAUGAUGGACGCUCUUCCUCAGAUGUCAUCACUCCGACGUGUGUCUGUACAGCGCUGGGCUCUCAGCUCUGAGGAGAGACAGAAACUGGAGAAAACCCUGAAGAAGAGGAACAUUGUGCUGGAGAGUGAUGAUGUGAACGUACAGAACGUUGCAGGGAUAAGUUUACUCUGAUGUCCUCAUAAUGUAACGUGGACUGAUUUACUCUCGGAUUAUUAUUGGCUUCGUCACUGAAGUGAAACCUACAGAGUUUUUCUAAAACAUGAUUGUUUUUUAUAAUAAUUUGUUCACAGUGACUUGUAUAGUUGAAGCACUACAUCAUUUCUGUCUAAUAAUUAACACGUUUAAAAGUACGGCACGGUGAUUCUUCUGAACACUGAUGUAUGGAAGGAGUCUCCAGUGUCAGCGCUUGGAAAGACGAGAAGUAAAGCCGAGCUUUAAGAUUUACGACCUCUCUGUUUAUAGCUGCUAUCAGUGACUACGCUAUCGUUUCACUAAAUAGAUAAAAAGCUUGUGUUCUAUAAUAAAUAAUAAUUUGACUCAUUUGUAAA